AUGUGGAAGGCAGCAGCAGGACAGUCAGUCAAGAUGACUAUAGAUGAUGGAGGUGACGACUGGGAGACUGACCCCGACUUUGAGAACGAUGUAUCCGAGAAGGAGCAGCGCUGGGGUGCCAAGACGGUGGCUGGUUCAGGACAUCAGGAACACAUAAAUAUCCACCAUCUGCGUGAAACCGUGUCAACUGAGCACACAAGCUUGAAACAGCAGGAGUUGGACAACAUGCCCAAGGCCUCGCAUGGAUAUGGAGGAAAAUUUGGGGUGCAGCAGGACCGCAUGGACAAGUCUGCUGUAGGACAUGAAUACCAGAGCAAGUUGUCCAAGCACUGCUCGCAAACUGAUAAUGCCAAGGGCUUCGGAGGGAAGUAUGGAGUUCAAGCUGACCGCGUAGACCAGUCCGCAGUUGGCUUUGAGUAUGCUGGGAAGACAGAGAAACAUGCUUCACAGAAAGACUACAACGCUGGGUUUGGAGGGAAAUACGGAGUACAGGCAGAUCGUGUUGACCGGAGCGCAGUGGGCUUUGAUUACCAAGGCAAAACGGAGAAACACGAGUCUCAGAAAGAUUAUGCAAAGGGUUUUGGCGGGAAAUUUGGUGUGGAGACCGACAAAGUGGACAAGAGUGCUGUGGGCUUUGAAUACCAGGGCAAAACUGAGAGACACGAGUCGCAGAAAGACUAUGUCAAAGGUUUUGGAGGCAAAUUUGGAGUUCAGACAGACCGACAGGAUAAAUCUGCUCUGGGAUGGGACCAUCAGGAGAAAGUACAACUUCAUGAGUCCCAGAAAGACUAUAAGCGUGGGUUUGGAGGGCAAUAUGGGGUGGAGGUGGAGAGGCAGGACCAGAGUGCCCUGGGCUAUGAAUACAAGGAGAGCCUGGCCAAACAUGGCUCACAGAAAGAUUACGCCAAAGGUUUUGGAGGGAAAUAUGGUGUCCAGAAUGACCGGAUGGAUAAGAGUGCUGGCACGUUUGAAGAUGUUGAGAAACCCAAAUCAUCUUACCAGAAAACUAGACCCUUGGAGGCUGCUGGCAGCAGCACAGGAAGUAUUAAGGCCCAGUUUGAGAAUAUUGCCAAGCAGAAGGAAGAAGAGGACCGAAGAAGAGCUGAAGAUGAGCGAGCACGUCGACAGGCCAAGGAGAGACAGGAGCAAGAGGAGGCACGACGUAGAUUGGAAAUGCAGGCCAAAGCUCCUUCUCCGGUUCCUGUUGCGGCAAGCCCCAGUCCCACACCCAGCCCGACUCCAGCUGUCCAGCCAGCCUUUUCUUCAGCAUAUGAGAAAGCAGCACAAACAAGCUCUAACCAGAGUAGAGAGAAGCGGGAGGCCCCGCUGCACAACCGAGCAAGAGGACAAAAUACAAAUGAUGUAACCUAUGAUGCUUCUGCUGAGAAUGGAGAGCAGCAAUAUGAACAGGGUGGCCUCUAUGAAGAGCCAGAGGCACUUUAUCAGGCCCCUGCUGAAGAGGAGCAGCAUUACGAGAUUGGCGAGGACACCGGGGUAACCGCGGUGGCGCUCUACGACUACCAAGCAGCUGGCGAGGACGAGAUCUCCUUCGACCCUGAUGACAUCAUCACCAACAUUGAAAUGAUUGACGAAGGCUGGUGGCGUGGCGUUUGCAGAGGGGCUUACGGUCUUUUCCCCGCCAAUUACGUCGAAGUACGGCAAUGA